AGUGCAAAUUUGGUCAGAAAGAUGUCUUUGUCAAGUCUAGUGCUGGUGUUUACGCUGACAAUGACGUUGUACAUUGUUGAAAGGGCCUCGGCUGAAACGCUGUGUGGUGGAGAGUUAGUGGACGUACUUCAGUUUGUCUGUGGAGAUAGAGGAUUCCAUUUCAGUAGGACUGGUAGAGCCAGCAAUAGGCGCUCUCAGAACCAAGGGAUUGUGGAGGAGUGCUGCUUCCGCAGCUGCGACCUCAACUUCUUGGAGCAGUACUGUGCUAAGUCUGAGAGAGACGUGUCAGCCUCCUCUCUGCAGGUCAUACCCGUGAUGCCCGUUCUCAAACAGGAGGUACUCAAGAAACAGCACGCCUCCUCCAACUACAAGUACAUCCACUGGCAGCGGAAGGCUGCCCAGCGCCUUCGGAGGAUCGUCCCCUCCAUACUGCGGACCAGGAAGUUCCGGUGGCAGGGGGGUCAACGGAAUAACAAUAAUUUGUCACAAAAGAUAAUGAGAAAGAAAUGCCUAACAACAACAAGAGCCAAAACCCAACCGUCUGCAACGGGUAAAGGGUCUCUCCUUGGGGACUGGAAAGGAGUGCUUAUAAAGACCACAGAGCCACAGCAGGUCCAGGUGUAG